AGUAGCAGCACAGCGUCAAGAACGAUCCGCAGAGGCUUUGAAUUUUGCGCACGCAAUGGCAGCCCUGCGCGCAACUCUUGGCAGCUUGCGAUUUGCUGGUGCGAAGGCCUUCCCUGUGCGAAGCUUUGCCCCGGCCUUCCGAUGCUUCUCAGACCUGAGGUUCGCCCCAACACACGAGUGGUUCAAGGCCGAAGGAGAUUCGGCGACUCUGGGCAUCUCUGACUUUGCGCAGGGGCAGCUGGGUGAGGUGGUGUACUGUGAGCUGCCCGAUGUUGGCGCCAAGUUCAAAUCCAAGGAUACUUUGUGCACCCUCGAGAGUGUGAAGGCCGUGGGCGAAGUCUAUGCUCCCGUUGAUUGCGAGGUCACUGCUGUGAAUGAGAAGUUGCAGGAUGAGCCGGCGACAGUGAACGAAUCCCCUGAGGACGAGGGAUGGCUGGUUAAGGUGAAAUUCACCGGCGACACCGGCUCCCUGAUGGAUCGCGCAGCCUAUGAGAAGCACCUGGAGUCUGAGAAGACUGAGGAGUGAGGUGGCUACAGCCAGCUACCUACGAGAUCCUACGAGCCCGUAGAGUUUGGAUCGCAAGACAGAUUGAUAUUUUGUCAACUUGUCCUGCUGGUUUUGCGUUGAAAAGCAGAACUCUGAAGUAUUUGUGUCGUACCUUUGUUCAUCCAAUCCUACAGCAUCUUUUGAGGAAUCCUCAGCUGGGUCAGCCCUUCCAUGAGGCGUAAUCACUGGACCCACAUUUUCUUGGCAACGUUCGCGGGACUUUAGAGCAGAAGAUGCCUCUGUGCAUUUUCCUGACCCACGCUCGUGAAAAAAACAAGAC